GACGCUGGAGGAGAUGACUCGCUUCCAGCGUAAGACGCAGCAACGGGCACAGUUCUUGUCCUACGUGCUGAACUUUUGCUUCCUGGUCCACAUCAUACUCGUCGGCGUGCUGCUGAUGAUCUUCAUCCGAAUGGACGAGGAGACCGGUGGUGAUACCUACCCGAUCCUGAGGAACUGCCUAAUGGCAUUCUCCAUAGUUCUGGUGGUGCUCUUUCUGCUGGUCAUCGGCAUCCCUGCCGCCCGCAUGACACUAG